AAUUAUCGAUAGGACUGUGAAUAGCACUCAAAAUUCUUGUGACGUGACCAUCAGCUGUUUUGACUGUUAUCAGAUAUCGGUUCAAAUUCUCAUCAAUAAAGUCCAAUAAGAAACUGGAAAAUGUCUGUAAAUGGUUCGAUAGAGACUGUCAAUGCAAAUUCAGAGUGCUUCGAUAUUGAAAAAGUGGCCGAGCUGUUCGCCAGCAGUCUCCUCGGAGAAGAUGACGUCCUCUUGGACGCCUACCUGGCGGCCUACGAAGAAAUUAUGAAGUUCUUCCAGCUUAUGGGCAGCAUCUUUGGCUUCGUGAGCAGCGAUGUUCGCGAAAAAAUAGAUAUUCUGUACGAGCUACGAAAGACUGAUACCGAGGAGCAAAAGUAUUUCGAGACCUUUAAUGCAAUGCUGGUUUAUGAGAGGGACGCUAAUCUGCUGUCCUCAAAAGGCUAUGUGUCGGGUAGCCGCACUCUGCUGCGUCUCCAUCGUGGCCUUGAGUUUUUCUACGAGUUUCUGAAGCGCCUGCAAGAUCUGCAGAACGAGGAGAAAACUUCGGGCGUGUGCAGAGCGGCCUAUGACGACACACUUGGUAAGCAUCAUGCAUUUUUAAUAAGAAAGGGCGCCCGCCUGGCCAUGUAUGCGAUGCCAUCACGUGGAGAUCUGCUCACUCGCGUCUGCCAGGAUGUGCCCAGUGCCAUUGCGUUGCUGCCGGAAAUGCUUGGGAACACCCGGAAGGUCUACGACCGCACGGAACAGCUCUACACGUUGCACGAUCUCCACAAUUUGCCUUAAAGUUUAUCCAAAUUUUCUGUAUAUACAUAUAUAUCGUAAAUUACAAGUGUUCGUUGUAGCCUAA